CUCCCCUCAACCACACAAAUGCGGGAGUCAUAGCCAGUGGAUCCGCUGGUGCUGAAUGAAUGGAAGCGCGGGGCGGGCCUGCGCGCGCAGCCGCCCUGCCCACGAUGCUGUCGCCCCGCGACCUGUAGGGCCCUCGCUGGCCCCUCGCCCUCCUCCCGCCCAGGCUGAGGCUGCCGCCGGUUCCGCGCCCCAUGCCGAGGCAGCGGCGGAGACGGGGAAGGUCGGAGGGAGGGUGGUUUCCUCCCGCCCCACACCCAGUCUCCGAGCCGGAUAUAUAGAGUGUCACGUUUGGGAGCCGAAAGACCGGAGCCGUUUCCUUGUGGCUGGAGCGCUUCCCGUAGCCUCGGUGAAGGAGCAGGAUUUAGAGGACCACUAGUUGAACCCCAUCCUCGUGCUGGAGGAACAGGAACCUCUUUCAGGAGCUAUAAAAGAAAGGGAGGAAGCAUGUCCACGAUUGCAGCUUUCUAUGGCGGCAAGUCCAUUCUCAUCACGGGGGCCACAGGCUUCAUGGGCAAAGUGCUGAUGGAGAAGCUGUUUCGCACCAGCCCCGACCUGAAAGUCAUUUACAUCCUUGUGAGGCCCAAGGCUGGCCAGACACUGCAGCAGAGGGUUUUCCAGAUCCUAAACAGUAAGCUAUUUGAGAAAGUCAAAGAAGUUUAUCCAAAUGUGCAUGAGAAGAUCAGAGCUAUUUAUGCAGAUCUCAAUCAGAAUGACUUUGCCAUCAGCAAAGAGGACAUGCAAGAGCUUCUGUCCUGUACAAACAUAAUAUUUCACUGUGCAGCCACUGUACGCUUUGACGACACUCUCAGACAUGCUGUGCAACUUAACGUCACUGCCACCCGGCAGCUCUUGCUUAUGGCUAGUCAGAUGACAAAGCUGGAAGCCUUUAUACAUAUCUCUACUGCCUAUUCAAAUUGUAACCUGAAGCACAUCGAUGAAGUUAUCUAUCCGUGCCCUGUGGAGCCAAAAAAAAUCAUUGAUUCCCUUGAGUGGUUAGACGAUGCUAUUAUUGACGAGAUUACACCCAAACUGAUCAGAGAUUGGCCCAAUAUUUACACCUACACCAAGGCCUUGGGAGAAAUGGUGGUGCAGCAAGAGAGCAGGAACCUGAACAUUGCCAUCAUAAGGCCGUCCAUUGUGGGAGCAACUUGGCAGGAGCCUUUCCCAGGUUGGGUUGAUAAUAUAAAUGGACCUAAUGGACUCAUUAUUGCGACUGGGAAAGGGUUUCUUCGGGCCAUAAAAGCUACUCCAAUGGCUGUGGCAGACCUAAUUCCAGUUGAUACAGUCAUCAAUCUCAUGCUAGCUGUAGGAUGGUAUACUGCAGUUCACAGACCUAAGUCAACAUUAGUCUACCACAGUACAUCUGGUAACCUCAAUCCCUGCAAUUGGCACAAAAUGGGUAACACUACCUCUACACAUUCCAGUGGUAAGCCAUGGUGCCGCACUGAGAGUUCUAUUGCGGGGCAGCUAGACACUGUGGCUCAUUUUAUAAUAGGCUUUGAAUUGAACAAUGCUUUUCCAAGAAUGAAAAAUACCUGGCAUGCAGGAGUCCAAGUCAUGGCAACCUUUGAAAAAAUCCCAUUUGAGAGACCUUUCAGGAGGCCAAAUGCUAAUUUUACCACCAACAACUUCACAUCCCAGUACUGGAAUGCGGUCAGCCACCGGGCCCCUGCCAUUAUCUAUGACUGCUAUCUGCGACUCACUGGAAGGAAGCCCAGGAUGACAAAGCUCAUGAAUCGGCUUUUAAGAACUGUUUCCAUGUUGGAGUAUUUCAUCAACCGGAGUUGGGAAUGGAGCACAUACAAUACAGAAAUGCUAAUGUCUGAGCUGAGUCCUGAAGACCAGAGAGUAUUCAACUUUGACGUGCGCCAGUUGAACUGGUUGGAAUACAUUGAAAAUUAUGUUUUGGGAGUUAAAAAAUACUUAUUGAAAGAGGAUAUGGCUGGGAUCCCAGAAGCAAAGCAACACUUAAAAAGGCUCCGAAAUAUUCACUACCUCUUUAAUACUGCCCUCUUCCUUAUCGCCUGGCGCCUUCUCAUUGCAAGAUCUCAGAUGGCUCGGAAUGUCUGGUUCUUCAUCAUAAGCUUCUGUUAUAAAUUCCUCUCCUACUUUAGAGCAUCCAGCACGCUCAAAGUUUAAGAGCAUUUUGUCAUUGCUUUUUAUCUGGAACCUCUCAGAUACCUCUAAAACAGCAAACUGUGAUUCUCAAGAUUAGAAAGUAACAACGAAUAUUCCCCACACUGUCAAAUGUCACCUGUUAUGUAUUCGUCCCUAUUCCUUAACUAUAUAUUUUUAUUUCAGUGAGAGAAGGAAAGUUGUAAACUAGCCCAUAGUCACCUAUAUUUUAGGAAAAAAAAUCCAAAUUGUUUUCUAACAUUCUAUUUUAUGCCCUUGCAUAUUAAACGUGAAAGUACUCCCACUUUUCUAUAUUUAGCUUUUCUUUUCUCCCUGGGAGGAUUCAUUUAAACUCAGUAAAUAUGGAAAGAUGCAUGGCAGAAGCUGAAAUGAGCUCAAGCGGUACUAACCUUGGAACCAUUCUGGGUACCCAAAAGAAAAAUUUAAAAUCAAGAUGAGUAAAAGGAGAAUGGUCUCAAUAUCCUCAAAAAUGCAGUAAGAGAAGUAAUACCCCACUGAAAACGUCUCUCUUUCUUUCCAUGUUAUACCUUGGAGUCCUGGUUGAGGGGUUGCGGAAUCAGAAAAGUAGAUUUACAUUCAACACUUUUCUUAACUAUAUUCACUUCUUAAGAAGGAACAAGAAGUGUAAGUAAGUUUGUGUAGAGUGAGGGGUUAGGCAUCUUUCCAUUGGGGACUUGUGUAUUAUGCUUUAAGUCAACAUUAAUAUUCUCAAAUUUGAAUUUGGUAGCUAUUAUUUCUAAAUCUUUUUAAUCCUCAAUUUUCCUGGUAACCUUCUUUCAAUAGUCUUCUUCUUCUAAAAGUUGCCAAACCCUUUAUAUUUAAGCUUUUUCCACUCAGGACUCAGUUAGAGUGGUUAACAGGGAGAGGGAUGGUCCCAUUUGAUCUCUGCCACUGAGCAAAACAAAACUUCAAAUGAACUUUUAAACUGUAGCUUUAGUCUUCUGGUAUAAAGUGGGGAAGAUUACACCUAUGUGAUCACCAAAGGAUUUACUAGUAUCUUGAUCAUUCCAAUUGCACAAUGUUAACGUACAACAUACAGCAGAAAAGUGAAUAGACUUCAAUAAGGGAUUCUAAGUUUAGAAAAUAGGUUUUGUUUUCUUAAAAAUAUUUUGUGUAUAAUGCAAACUAGUGAAAACUAUAUAUAUUCUCCAAUUCCUAUAGUAAUAAUAAUGUAACUGUUAGGCCAACUUUCCUCAUAUUUGAGAGAUGAGUACAUGUUGGAUUGCAGCAUUUCUUCAUGUUAAAAACAUGGAAUAUUAUUCAAAUAUAGUAUUUGGGGCCUAAACAACUAAAAUUAGUCACCAGGUAACUAGCUGAAAACGGCAUAGGCAUAAAAUGUUAACAAAAAAUGGCAGUUAUAUUUAUGCUCACUUCCUGGAAUAACUGGGUAAUAUUCAGAAAGGCACAUCGUGGUAGUUUAAGUGUACAAGGCCUUAGGGCAGUAUCUAGCCCAGUAUUAUUCUAGAUUCUCCUGAGCUCUAUAUAAAGGGCAUUUUGGAGGAACUCUUCUGGGCCAUAUCUUUCCCAAUCUCAUCUAAAUUCUGGGAAAUACUUUCCAUAGCAGACAACCCAGCUCUGAAACUAAGCACCUGGUGAUCUUUAGUUUGAGAUGUCUAUAUGGUACUUUUGAGUUGUAUCAAUUAAGAUACAAGCUAUAGACACGAUGAAAAUAUGAAAUCAAGAUAUAGCUCAGUGGGAUUGGAUUAAGACAUAAUAAUUCUAAGAAUUCACUUUUGAUUGUAUGUUUUACCAAUUCAGUAACUCCACUAAUCAAGUAUUCACAUUUUGACUUUCGAUUAAAUAAAAAUUUGAAUUAAAA